UUGCAGGCAGACUACAAGUUUGGGUCUUUUGCAAAGACGUGGAAAUUCCUCAACUCCAUCGUGAUCCCAGCACAUACCCUCAAGCACCAUCCUACAAUCACUACCACAUAUAAUAAAGUGAAAAUAGAGUUGACGACUCAUGACCAAGGCAACAAGAUUACCUCAUUGGACUUCAAGUUGGCCGAAUUGAUAAAUCAGACAUAU